CACCAACAGGCGGCAGACCGCUUUAUCGAGGAGACAAAGAUGUUAUCUCGAGCGAGGACGUCGGCCUUGUGCCCUGGCUGUCGACAGGAUCUUCAACUACUUCUGGAAAGAGGAUUCUGCGGACCCGUCGUCAACCCGAGGAGUCGCGCUCCGCCUCUCAAAUGGCGGCAAAAGCCCCAACCACGCCUGCAAUUGAGAUCGUUUACCAAGGGCACCGUACGGCUAAAUCACCCUCCUGCAGAUCCCGAGCAUGAAAAGAUGAGAUUGGAUGCCGAGACAGGCUCCGAAGCCGAUGCUGCUCGAGAUCAAAUCGAAACAUUGGAAGAGCUGGAGAAAGCACUGGGCCGGCCUAUCGAGGAAGCCAUUGAGGAAGACCGUGCCCUGGCUCAGGGCUUACACGACGCAUCUUUAAAUCCCGAACUCGCACUGGAUGAACACGUCGAAGUUGCCAUUGCAGGUACAGGGGUUCUCUUGGCUGAUUUGAGAAGCACUGGCGCUUCGCAGGAAGAGGUGGUACAAGAAGCACGAAAGACAUACGGUGACAGACUGCCUACCACUGCGUUGAAUGAAGAGGAGCUUAAGAUUUACAAACGUCUGUACGGCGACCCGAUCUCCAUGUCCUACGAGGAGUUUUUGGAUGAGGAUGAAGCCACCAAUGUGGAUGCCGAGACACUGAAUCAACUCUAUGACCAAGAGGGCGAGCUGGUUGACUAUGAGGUAUCCUCUGAUACUCCGCUUGUGAAUCUCCAGAAAGAAGCAGGCCCUGUGCCCGAACCCCCACAACCUGUUCAGAGGGCGAUUGCCUUCGUAGAUGGCGGCGCAAUGGACCCCAGUCUCCUGACCUCCCCUGCCGAACGGGCUAAGGAGGUUGCACGCUCCCUGAGUGCUGAGGUGCUCGACGACAUGGAGCAAGAGGAACUGGACAAGGAAGAUUCAAGUAGGAGGAUGCACCCGUUCACCCGCCUCGGAAAGUUUGCAACCAACCCAGGCAACGUCCUCCUCUCCCACGAGGAAUUUGUGCGUCCCGUCAACAAGAUCAUGAGCAAUUUCUCCAACAAGCAUUUGAAGGACAUGUGCGAGAAGACGUUCGGUGGUCCAGGGUUACCGGACUCGCCGUUGACGCCUAGGUCUGGACGAUCGCGAGCACAACUACCCCUUCCGAUCCAUGCUUCCCAGCAUAGUAUGGGCGAGAUGGAAGCGAAUGCGUUUCUCACCACGGUCAUGCCUCCCACAUACGCCGCCGUCAUGUCAGUGCUAGUCGAAACACGCAAGCGACUGGGAGCAACAUGGCUCAACAAGCUCUUCGCCAAAGAGGGUGGUCCGCGCAUUCUAGAUGCCGGCGCAGGAGGGGCAGGCAUUCUCGCCUGGCGUGAGGUCAUCAAAGCUCACUGGGAUGCAAUGCAUGACUCUGAUCGAGAUCCGCCACCUCCGCCGGCGUCGAAGUCCGUUGUUCUGACGGGAUCAGACCCACUCCGACGUAGAGCUGCUGCCCUUCUCGAGAACACCACAUUUGUCCCUCGGUUGCCAGACUAUGUGCAUACACGCGAUACACCGACGCUGGAGGACGAUCGUCCAGCGCAGUCACGCAAGCAGUUUGAUGUGAUCAUUGCCACACACACGCUCUUCGGACUGCAGGAAGACUUCAUGAGGAAACAGCACGUCCAGAACUUGUGGUCUAUGCUUAGUCCUGAAGGUGGUGUAUUGAUUUUGAUCGAGAAGGGUGUCCCUCGUGGAUUUGAAGCCAUUGCAGGAGCUCGAGAACUACUUCUGGAACGACAUAUUGCCGCUCCCGAAGGCAGAAGGACUACUUACAGUGAUAAGCACAACACCGACGACGUCUACAAUGAGGAGCCAGGCAUGAUCAUCGCACCUUGCACUAACCACGAGAAAUGUCCAAUGUACCAUAUCCCAGGACCGUCGCAAGGGCGGAAGGAUUUCUGCAGUUUCCAGCAGAGGUAUACUCGACCCAACUACCUGCAGCGAGUGCUCGGUGCCAAAGACCGUAAUCAUGAUGAUGUGGACUUUUCCUACAUCUCUGUCAUGCGCGGGGAUGAUCUCCGCCGACGACAGGUCGGCUCCUGGCAAGGUAUCGAGGAUGGCCUUUCGGCACCUGCUCACCCUGACCCGAAACUCCUGGGUGAAGACUAUGAGACCUGGAUGCAGCUUUGUCAGUCGGGUUUCGACGACAUUGAUCCCAAUACUACUCUAACCGAGUCUACAUCUUUCACUGACGGUAAAGCACGGUCGUCACUUCCUGCACCCUGGAACUUGCCCCGCCUUGUGUUCCCACCCAUGAAGCGACGCGGGCAUAUCAUCUUGGAUGUGUGUACGCCUGCGGGGCAGAUUGAGCGAUGGACCGUGCCGAGGUCGUUUGGCAAGCAAGCAUACCACGACGCGAGGAAAUCGCAAUGGGGAGACUUGUGGGCUCUGGGCGCGAAGACGCGGAUUCCGAGGGGUUUGAGACUCGGUGGCCCGGAUACUAAGGAGGCCAGGCGGGCAAGAAGCCGGGCGGAGAGGAUUAGCAACCAGGCAGAAGAGUUGAUGGAGCGAAUGGAACAGGAGAAGUUGGAGGAGCUGGAGGAGGAGAGGGAGCUAGCCAGAAUGUUUGACGAUGACGAUGAACCGGUGACGGGGAGGGCAAGAAAGAGUCAAAGAGCCAAGGCCGCGAAGGUGAAAUCAGCGGUAGCGGCGGCGUCAAGUGAACCGUUCGAAAGGAUCGAGACGUUCUCUUUUCGCGAUAUUAACGAGGAUGAGAUGAAUCCUGUGCCGCCAACACAACCUCGCUCUGUGGGAAAACCGGCUCUGAAGGCGUCUGCCAACGCACCAGUCAAGGCAAAGGGGGCGGCAAACGAUGACGAGAACCUCACGGACGAAGAUCUGGCAAUUCUCGAAGAAUGGGAGAGGGAGCUUUCUUCGGUUGAGGACAGUGGCGGUAGGACCAGGGGGGUGCGCACAUAUUCCAAAUUCGCUCCUGAUGGGCAAAAAGGUCGUCCGAGGAGGAUUGGAAAGGUUCCUCGGGUUGGAAGACCUGCAGGUGGGAGACGGGGUCUUUGAAGGUCAUGAAGGAAGCCGGCAAAGCCGCUGAGUUGUGACACCAAGGAGAUGUAUAACAUUGUAUAGUACAAGAAAGUGAGGCUCCCUCCUCCUUGGCAGGCAAAAAUACCCAGCUUGUCUUCCU